AUGACAGUUGUGCCAUUUUUAGCAUAUAAAAUUUUACCAAGUCGAACUAUUGUUAGAGAAAAUAUUCGAGUUGAUCAUGUAAAAGAAGAUUUUAAUACUUUAAUACAUGUACUUACGCCUAUAUUGUUUAUUACAAAGACGGGUGUACCAAAACCACCUUUUCUUGAUCCCGGUGUUAUUCAUCAUUUGACAGAUAAACCAGGCACAUUAAAUCUUUUGCAUCUAUUCGGUUGGUUUCCAAAUGCUCGAGGUGAUUAUGCGUUUGUUGAUGCUAAUUCACCUGAAGAAAUAAAUCAACGUGGCGAAAUUGCAAAUGAAUUUCGUCGAUUUUAUGAUGAAUUAAAACAGACCAAAGAUAAAGAUCUUAGUUCAGUAACAAAUUCUCAUGCAAUCAUAACAACAGUACCAUUCUCAGCAUAUUCUAUUAUACCAGCUGAAAAGAUUAUUAGAGAUAAUGUUCGUCUAGGACAUAUCAAAGAAGAUCUUGAUUCUAUGAUACAUGCUUUGACGCCAGUUCUAUAUCUAACGAAGACAGGUGUACCGAAACCACCUUUUCUUGAUCCUAGUAUUGUUCAACAAUUAACAGAUAAACCUGGUACAUUGAGCUUAUUACCACUAUUUGGUUGUAUUACUAAUAAUCGAGGUGAUUAUGUUUUUGUUGAUGCCAAUACAUCAGAGGAAAUAGCUUUACGCGAAAUUGCUUCUCAUGAAAUUCGUCAAUUAUACGAUGAAUUGAAACGUGUCAAGAAUGGUCCAGAUAUUGUUGUUGAAUACUUUCUUAAUCAUCCAAAUAGUGAUGUUUGUAAUGUACAAUGA